UAAGCCCAGAGCUCCAGAGGACAGAUCAAUGUGGAUUCUUCCAUUCCCCUGCACUGCUACUCAGAACAUUCCCCCAAAGCAGCUUUUUAAUGGCUCCAGCUGAGCUCAAUCUUGGGCUCCUGUUGCUGCUGACCUGCUGUGGCUUAUCUAACACACAGGGCUGGAGCUGGCUUUGGGGGUCUUCAAAGAAAACAACCCUUUCUCCUCCUACCACAGUUGCCAAUCUUGACGAGCAGUUGACUCAGACGGAGGAGACAGCUCUGCGUCUUGUCACGCCUGAGGGUACAGCUACUCCAAGCAGCCCCCUGGAAAGUACUACUGCUCAGCCAAAAGGAAGAGUGUGGACUAUCUUCACCCUGAAGAGACCUGAUUUCACUCCAGCUACCAUCAUAUCUACAGCUGCAUCUCCCACUCCGCUGGAAAACAGGGAAGGAAGUAUUGCAGGAGUAGGGACCGAGAUCCUCAACGUAGCUGAAGAGAUCAGCAACUUGGUUCAGCACUGGGAUGAAAAAACAGCAGAGGGAACAGAGAAGACAGAGACACCUGCAACCACUGACCUUUUGGAAGCAUCCCUGAUCCCAGAUACUGAGCUGGUGAGCCUCCAGAACGUCUCUUCCAGCUCCAGAGCUGAUGGGCAAACCUCGUUGGAAAAUCAGCCGCCGGAGCAUAUUCGCUCUGUAAUUCCAAAGCCUGCUCUUCUGUGGAACAAGACGCGCCUCCUCUUACAGAAGCCUGAUGCACCGCUCGCAGGUAGUGCUUCUUUCUCAUUUUCGUCCAGCAAUCAUAUCACGGGCACCAUGUUGGCUUUUCAAGAAACUACAGAGGCGGGCCAAGAAGGUGCGACCGCUGUCCCAGCAACCAGGGCAGCCUGGGGACCUGACUCAGGAAACGAAGGAAUUUUGUCCAGUGCAGAUAUCUUGGAAUUGCACAAGCCUCAGGCUGAUAGCAGCCGCAUGCAUGGUGGAAUGCCAUCCAAGGUGGUGGGUGCUUUAGACCACUGGCUGUCCCGUUAUGUUGCAGAUUCAGACCGAUCACUCUCUAAGGGUGACAGAAUCCACCUCCGCCUUAAAGAUCCUUCCUUCUUUAAGCAUUCUGGGAUAGUAGUAGCUGAUACACCUGGUGAUUCUGUUUCUAAUUCGAAUGCAACUAAUUUUGUGGAUUUCUCCUCUGCCAAUAACUCUGACUCUCUUGAGUUUCUACUAACCUACACUAUGCAACAUUUUAGCAAUAAUAGCACAGGGUUUCCUUCCUUCUUUCCUGGAUUGAAGCCAACAGCUGGCCACUGCUUGCCCUUACCGACCAAGCUGUCGUAUUGCAACACCCUGGGCAUGAAGCAUUUCCGAGUGCCGAAUUAUUUGCAUCAGGGCAGUGAGGAGGAAAUUCGGGCUGCUUUGCAUGAGUGGGAGGGGCUUCUUAAAUCUCGGUGUCACCGCUACUUGGAGUGGUUUUUCUGCUUGCUGCUGGUACCUGGGUGCAAUGCUUCUCUUCCAAUAACACCGCCACCGUGCCGGGGAUUUUGUGAGGCCUUGAAAGAUCUGUGUUGGAUUCAUCUGAAAGAGGGGCACCUUCCCAUAUCGUGUGACUCUCUUCCAGAGGAGGAUGGUGUAGAUUCAUGUGUGUUUGUUAAUGUUUCAGCAGAAAACUUCAGUACAGAAGUUGGCCUCAUAGAGCUGAUUGGAGAUCCCCCACCAGACCAGAUAACCAAAGUGUAUGGCCCAGACAACAGCCCUGGCUAUGUGUUUGGACUGGAUGCCAACACUGGACAAGUGGCACGUUACCACCUCCCUAGCCCUUUUUAUAGAGACUUCUCCCUCUUGUUCCAUGUGCAGCCCACGACAGAUAAGGCGGGAGUGCUUUUUGCUAUCACAGAUGCCUCCCAGUCAAUCAUUUAUGUCGGUGUGAAGUUAUCCGAAGUGAAAGAUGGGAAACAACAGAUUAUCUUCUAUUACACGGAGCCGGGCUCUCAGAACUCCUAUGCUGCUGCUACCUUCACUGUGCCUUCCCUGGUGAAUCAAUGGACUCGCUUUGCCAUCAGUGUGGAAGAUGAGGAAGUGGUUCUCUACAUGGACUGUGAGGAGUCUGAGCGGGUCCAUUUUGAGCGCUCACCUGAUGAGAUGGACUUGGAAGAUGGUUCAGGGCUUUUUGUGGCACAGGCUGGAGGAGCUGAUCCUGAUAAAUUCCAGGGUGUAAUUGCAGAAUUGAAAGUGAAGGGAGAUCCCCGGGCAGCUGAAACCCAAUGUGAGGAAGAGGAAGAUGACUCUGAUAUGAUGUCUGGAGAUGGUGGAAGUGGAGUAGCAGAAAAGCCACGGCCAUCAGAAAAGGAAAGGGUGACUCCAGUGAUCUCAAGCCUGCCACAACCUCCACCUGUCACGUCUCCUCCUACUGCCAAAAAGCCCACACAACCAGAAGAGAAAAUCCUUUUGCAAACUGAGCUAACUGAACAAAAAGAGAGGUUGCCAUCUGCUUCAGGAGUUGGAAUCAAAGGUGAGAAAGGGGACGCUGGGGAAAAAGGCGAACGUGGCCUUAAAGGAGAGCCUGGACUUAGUGGGGUCUUGCCAUCCCUUGAUGCCAAAGGUGAAAAGGGAGAAAAAGGAGAGUUGGGUGUUAAGGGAAAUGCAGGCUUUGGCUAUCCAGGCUCUAAAGGACAGAAAGGUGAACCUGGUGCUAAAGGGUCUCCAGGCCCUGCUGGACCCCCUGGACCCCCAGGGACAGUUGUGAAGCGCCCUGAUGGCUCAGUGGUAGAACAGGUUGCUGGGCAACCAGGACCCACGGGCCCUCCAGGGCCACCUGGGAAAGAUGGCUUGCCUGGAAAGGAUGGAGAGCCGGGAGAUCCUGGUGAAGAUGGUAAACCAGGUGAUGUUGGGCCACAAGGAUUUCCAGGGACCCCGGGUGAGCCUGGACAGAAAGGUGAAAAGGGUGACCCUGGCAUUGGUGUAAGAGGUCCCCCUGGACUACCAGGACCACCUGGGAAACCUGGAUUCAGUUCUAAAUUGGACAAGUUGACAUUUAUUGAUAUGGAAGGCUCUGGCUUUGGAGGUGAUUUGGAGAACCUACGAGGCCCAAGAGGACCACCAGGCCCCCCAGGACCUCCUGGUGUACCCGGCUUGCCAGGACAACCUGGAAGAUUUGGGACGAAUGGUACAGAUCUACCUGCGCCACCUGGCCUCCCUGGAGUGCCAGGCAGAGAUGGUAGCCCAGGAUUGCCAGGGCCUCCUGGCCCUCCUGGUCUUCCAGGAAGAGAUGGGAUUGCUGGACAGCCUGGAGAGAAAGGAGAAAAUGGAGAACCAGGUGAACUCGGCCUCCCAGGAGCACCUGGACCUAAGGGCAAUAAAGGAGAAUCAGGGCUAGUGGGAGCACCUGGCGAACCUGGCCUGGCAGGGCUUCCUGGGCCCAUGGGCCCCCGAGGAAUGCCUGGCCCUCCUGGCCCCCCAGGUCCAGGUUUGGGAGCUGGAUUUGAUGACAUGGAGGGCUCAGGACUGCCAUUUGUUUCUGCUCUUCCUGGAGCACGUGGACCACCAGGACCCCAGGGUCCACCAGGACUUCCAGGAUUGAAGGGAGACCCUGGUGAGGUUGGUUUUCCAGGUUUGCCAGGACAGAAGGGAGAGCCUGGUUUGCAAGGUCAGGAUGGACAUCCUGGAAUAAAGGGUUCCCCAGGACCACAAGGGCCAAAGGGUGACAGAGGAAAUCCAGGGCCUAGAGGUGAACCAGGUCGAGAUGGAAUUGGUCUGCCAGGUCCUCCUGGCCCUCCAGGACAAAUCACCUACUUGUCCAGCAAUGAUGAAAACUUGCCUGCUCUUCCAGGCCCUGAAGGCAAACCGGGGCAUGCUGGUUUCCCGGGCCCAACAGGACCAAAAGGUGAGACAGGAUCCCCAGGUAUUCAAGGCUCUCCUGGACCAAAGGGUGAGAAGGGAGAGCCAGGAGUUAUAAUUGGUCCUGAUGGAACAAUCAUAGCAGCAGAUGCCAAAGGACAAAAGGGUGAAUCAGGUGCAAGAGGACCUGUGGGACCAGCAGGGCCUCUUGGACGGCCUGGACAGAAAGGAGAAAUUGGUUUCCCUGGAAGACCAGGUCGACCUGGCAUGAAUGGACUGAAGGGAGAAAAAGGUGACCCAGCCAACUCAAGUGGAAGGAUGGGCCUACCGGGCCCUCCGGGACCUCCUGGCCCACCAGGCCCUCCAGGCAACAUUGUCCCUGUUUAUGACAAUAAUGCCUUUGGUGACGUGGGCCCCCCUGGACCUCCAGGGCUACCUGGCUACCAAGGUGCUCCAGGUCAGAAGGGAGAAAAGGGUGAUGUGGGUCCCCCAGGGCCUCCAGCUUUUGUUCAUCCCAUCCAGAUAAUUGAAUUUGGCAGCCGUGCUUUGUCCUUUGUCCAGGGACCCAAGGGUGACAGUAUUAGGGGUCCACCUGGGCCUCCAGGUCCUCAAGGACCUCCUGGUGCAGGAUACGAGGGACGUGCCGGGAACCCAGGCCCUCCUGGUCCUCCAGGCCCUCCUGGCCCUCCUUCUUUCCCAGGACCUCAUAGGCAAUCAAUAAGCGUUCCUGGACCACCUGGGCCACCAGGACCACCAGGACCUCCAGGAAUUAGUGAUGCCUCUUCUUCUUCUGGGCUGCGGAUCUUUCCAACAUAUCAGAGUAUGAUGGGCAGAGGUCAUGAAAUACCUGAAGGCCAGCUUCUUUUCAUCCGGGAUAGAGAAGAGCUCUACAUCCGUGUUCGCAAUGGUUUCAGGAGAGUCCUUCUUGAAGACAGGAUAGCCCUCUCUGGCCCUGGGCUGGACAAUGAGGUAUAUGAUAGGCCUUCCAGUGCCCAUUACUCACAUGGAGGAGGAACAGCCUCAUCUGGAUCUCAGCGCCCUUUCCAGCAGCAUUUGCCUGUGCAUUCACACCGGGAGUACGGUGCUUACUCCACUGCCAAGCCUUGGAGAGGAGAUGAGAGUGCCAUCAACCAACAUCGCCUCCCUGAGCAUCCUGCCGUCCACCAGCCUCAGCAGGGAGUACAACACCAGCAGGAGCCCUUGAAUGCCUUCUUUCUUAACAAUCGCCAGCCAGAGGCAGUUCCUUCUGCUGUUCAUACACAUCAUGAUUUCCAGCCUGCUCUUCACCUUAUAGCCUUGAACACUCCCUUGAGUGGCAGCAUGCGUGGCAUCCGAGGAGCUGACUUCCAGUGUUUCCAGCAAGCCAGGGAAGUUGGGCUGACAGGCACUUUCCGAGCAUUCCUUUCCUCCCGUUUGCAAGACCUCUACAGCAUUGUGCGCAGAGCAGACAGGAGCACGGUGCCUAUAGUCAAUCUCAGGGAUGAAAUGCUAUUUAAUAACUGGGAGAGCCUCUUCUCAGGCUCUGAGGCUCCAUUCAGAACCGGGGGUCGCAUCCUGUCCUUUGAUGGAAGGGACGUCCUGAGAGAUUCUGCAUGGCUUCAGAAACAUGUGUGGCAUGGCUCUGACUCCAAGGGGCGGCGGCUAACGGAGAGCUACUGUGAGACGUGGCGGACGGAUGACGCUGUGGUGACAGGUCAGGCUUCCUCGCUGGCAUCGGGUAAGCUCCUGGAGCAGAAGAGCAGCAGCUGCAAAAAUGCCUUCGUUGUCCUCUGCAUCGAGAACAGCUUCAUGACCUCCUCCAAAAAAUAAAACAGCACACAACAGAAGCGCUGACUGCAAGCGGAAGAUGGGAGCCCCUAUGUAUCCCUUAAAGAAUGGAGGAACAGGCCAUGGUACCCCCACCCCCACCCUAAUCAGGAUGAUGUGCCCAGCUGAUUCCAUAAUAUAUCAGUUAAACAGAUAAAGAAGCAGAAAAGAAAAAGAAAAAGCCAAAGAGUAUCUUCCUGUAAUUCCUAGCACACAUCUGGUGUUGAAUGUUUUUGUAUUUUUUUAAAAAAAAUCCUCUUCCUGGCAUGGCUGUUCUGAAUAGUACCUGCUAGAGGGACUGAAAACAGCACAGGCUUUUGUGCAAGGCAAUCUCCAGCCAAAUUUAGUACACGAAAUGGUCGCUGUUUUUAAUCUUGCUCACUUUUACCCUUGAAUUGUAUUUGUUCUUGUUAUACCCUGUGCUGUUUGCCUUCCUUCCUCCAUCUUAUCCUUUUAUAUAAUUCAGAUACUUUUUUUAAAAAGGCAAGACUGAGUGGGAGAUGUCAGAAACCAUAUUUAUUUUGGUUGAUUUAACAUAAGGCACCCUUUGUUAAAGCAGAGAACGGGUGGACAUGGCUGUCCUUUGGAGCCUAUUAUUGUCACUGUAGCCUGUAACUGCCUCUGCUUCCAAAAGCCCUGGAUAACUAGGCAUUUCCGGUUGUGCCUGGCCUUAUUUCAGGCGCAGGGUGCAAGAGCACACAAUCUGCUCCCUGCUGGGACAGUGCAUGGCCACCAUUAAGGCUUUUGUAAACACUGUUGACUUUUUUCUGUGUACCCAGGACAGCCUCAAGGACAAAAAUCCUGGCAACAGUGGUGGGGGAUGAAUACUAGGAAUGUGAUGGCCGGUCCCUUUUUGGGAACAGUCGCUCUGGAUGGGUUUGCAGGAUAGCUUCCAACACUUCUGCCUAACUCACUAUCUAGCCGGCUUUCACUGCUUGAUCAUGCAUCAUUAUUUCCAAAUAUACAGCUGAUGGUUACUGUUCUCUUCAUAGCCCCCCUUCUGUUACUAAUUUGCCUUGUCCUCUGAAAAAAUAACCUGUGAGGGGCAGCUGAGAUUAAAACCAGAAGUGGUGCUACCUACAAUUCAGCCCCACCUUGUUUUUGACCAGUUCUGAAGGUGAGCCAGAAGUGUUUAAAAGUAACAGCUUUAUAGCUGAUUUUUGCCAAUGUGCAGGCGGUAGGUAGAAAUGAAACAUCUGCCACUAAAAGUAUCAGAACUCAUUAAACACAUACAGUGGUGCCUCACAUAACGAGCGCACCGUUGAACAAUGAAUCCGCAUUGCAAUGCGGA